AGAAAUUCUUGCACACAAUGCUCGCUCGGUUGCUUGGCCUUGGGCGCCUGCGAGCGGCCUUAACCCCCGCCCCCACUGGUUGGCGCGGACUGCCGGCCAGGACUGGGGUAAGGGCAGGCUCCACGGAACGGGGCACUGGCACUUAUCGGACCCACAUGUGUGGGGAUCUGACCAAGCACGUCAAGCAGCAAGUGCGGGUUGCAGGCUGGGUCGAAGCCAUUAGGAAAGCCGGCGAUGAUCUUCUCUUUGUCACGCUACGUGAUGCCACCGGCCGCGUUCAGGUCAAAGCUACUGGACCAGACAUGCACCUGCUUGCCAAAACCAGCAUCGAGUCCGUCUUUGCUAUUGAAGGCGAAGUGUGUGUUCGGCCCGACAGUGCUCGUCGAAGCACCCAUCACGAUCAGCAGUCAAGCCUCGAGUUGACAGACCUUGAAAUCUGCUCAAAGAGGGCCGAAGAGCUGAGCCGAGCAGCUUCCCUUCCGUUUCGCCCAGCCUCCCUUCACGAUCAGCCACUUGAGGACACUCGCCUUCGACACCGCCCAUUGGACCUGCGAAGAGCAGUGCUUCAGGACGCCCUGCGCCUGCGCCACAAGCUAAGCACCCGCUUCCGUGCAGCUCUCAACGACAACGGAUUCUUGGAAGUGGAGACGCCGACGCUGUUCAAGCGCACACCGGGAGGUGCCAACGAAUUUCUCGUGCCCACGCAAAUGCCCGGCAAAUUUUAUGCUCUUGUUCAGUCACCGCAACAGUAUAAGCAAAUGCUCAUGGUGGGCGGCAUUGAUCGGUAUUAUCAAUUCGCCCGGUGCUACCGUGAUGAAGGCGGGCGUAUGGAUCGCCAGCCGGAGUUUACACAGCUGGAUUUGGAGAUGGCCUUUGCCGGCCAGGCCGAGGUUAUGGAGCUCAUGGAAAAGGUGGUCAAGCAUGUGCUACAGGACUGGAUAGACACGGCCCGGCCCUUUGAGAGGCUCACCUUCCACGAAGCUAUGAGUCAGUAUGGGUCGGAUAAACCAGACCGACGAUUCGACAUGCUGCUUCAAGAUGUAACGCCAGAGCUUCUCAAUUGUGGCCAUGUGGGUUGGAUUGCGACGGCUUUUGUUUUGUUUUUUUGUUACUCUGCCAUGCGCUCGUGCCUCUUGUCACAGGGUCGUCCCGCUUUGAGAGCCAAACAUGCGCAGCUUGAUGAUCAGAAGGAUUUUGCUGUGAUUGCCCUGCGUGCAGAUCAAGCACAGCGCAUUGAUGCCUUGCAACAGCACGCGCGGGGCAUGGGCAUGGAGGUUGGUGUGGGGCUCGGCAUGCAACAGUCUAUUCAAGAGCAACUGGGGAAGCUGCGCUUGUAUAUUGCUCAAAUCCUUGCGGAACAUGAUCUGCUCAAGUUGGAUGAUGAGCAGCUGGAUAUUUUCUGGGUGUAUGACUUCCCCAUGUUUGAGCAACACGAGUUGAAUAGCUCACGCAUCCAAGCCUGCCACCACCCGUUCACGGCACCCCAUCCUGACGAUAUUGCCUAUUUGGAGACGGAGCCUAUGAAGGUGCGCGCACAGCACUAUGAUCUCGUGAUGAAUGGCGUGGAACUGGGCGGCGGCUCCGUGCGAAUCCACGAUGCCGAGCUGCAGCGCUACAUCAUCGAUCAUGUCCUGCAGGACGAUCCCAAAGUGUUUGAACAGCUCUUGCAAGCGCUGGCGUAUGGGGCUCCGCCUCAUGCAGGCAUUGCGCUUGGAUUUGAUCGUCUGGUCCUGAUGCUCAGUCGUGCGGCGGGGGCGCGCAGCUUGCGCGACGUCAUGGCAUUCCCAAAGUCCUUCGCAGGCAAAGAGCUGAUGAGUGAUAGCCCGUCAACGGUGACGGCGGCCGACCUUGAUGUCUACCACAUCCAGACCAAGUCACUCGCAUCAGAUUGAGGAAGCUGAGCUUUCGGCGACAUGCUUUGUGUUUUGUUGUCCAUCCCAACUUUGAGAACGCAAUCUAUCUGACAAUGUC